AAAAAAAAAAAAAAAAAAAAAGAAGACACCCCGGAUUCCUUCUUCUUUCAACAGCUGUGCUUCAUGUUGUUAGGUCAAAACCUGUAGGGGUUGAACUAAUUUCGGUGUCCUGAUUUGUUUCAUUUCGUUUUCUUUCUUCUGGGUUUUCUUCGUGGUGUUGUAUUUUGGUGAAGUGGGUGACUUGAUUAUCCGUUUAAAUGAACUAAGAGCUCAAUUUCUAAAGGGGUUUGCCCAUUUCUUCUCUGCAUUGAUAGAUUGUUAUCGUUUCUGGAAAGUUAGUGAGUUGUUUCUGUAAGAGAAACUAGUCAACCAACUACAUUGCCGCUGGUUUUGGAAACUUGAGCUUGAGUUUCUAGGGUUCUUGCUGAUUUUGGUCUUGAACGAAAGUUUUUCUGGGGGAUUGCUUCAGUUUCUGCUUGCACAAGCUUUUUACAGAGAGCGCCAAGUGGGAAGAUGGCUUGCGUUAAGCUAGGAUCCAAAAACGAUGCAUUCCAAAGGCAAGGACAGGCCUGGUUCUGCACUAGUGGACUGCCUAGUGAUAUCAUUGUUGAAGUUGGAGAGAUGUCCUUCCAUCUACACAAGUUCCCUCUGCUAUCAAGAAGCGGGGUAAUGGAAAGAAUGAUAGCUGAAGCAGCUGAAGAACAGGAGGAAGGAGGUGUAAUAACUAUUCCUAACGUUCCUGGGGGUGCCAAAACAUUUGAACUGGUUGCCAAGUUCUGCUACGGGGUCAAAAUUGAAUGUACACCCUCAAAUGUUGUCUACCUCCGCUGUGCAGCUGAGCGUCUAGAAAUGACUGAGGAGUAUGGGGAGGGUAAUCUCAUUUCUCAGACUGAGGCCUUUCUGAAUCAAGUUGUCCUCAAAAGCUGGAAGGACUCUCUGACGGCGCUACAGACACGUGAUGAUGAUAUCCUUCCCCAUGCAGAUGAACUCCAUAUCACUAAAAGAUGUAUCGAGUCACUUGCUGUUAAGGCAUGCACUGACCCAAGUUUAUUUGGGUGGCCAAUUACAGAGCAUGGAGGACCUAUGCAAAGUCCUGGUGGCAGUGUUUUGUGGAAUGGCAUAAGUACGGGAGCUAGGCUGAAACAUUCAAGUCUGGAUUGGUGGUAUGAGGACGCUGCAACCUUAAGCUUGCCUCUUUACAAGAGGUUAAUUUCAGCUUUGGAAUCACGUGGAAUCAGACCGGAAAUUAUUGCAGGGUCUGUAACUUCCUAUGCUAAAAGGUAUAUUCCUGGUCUAAAUCGGCGUCAAGGUUCUAGCGAAUCUAGUAGUCGACUCGUGCCAGCGGCUUUGGGGACACCGUCCUCAGAAGACGAACAAAAACUUUUACUAGAAGAGAUUGAUAGGAUGCUUCCAAUGCAGAAGAACCUAGUUCCAACCAAGUUGCUUUUUGGGUUAUUGCGUACGUCCAUGAUUCUUCGGGUCAAUCCUUCUUGCAUCUGUACUUUAGAGAAAAGGGUGGGUAUGCAACUUGAUCAAGCCACUGUAGAAGAUCUUUUGAUGCCCAAUUUCACUAACUCCAUGGAUACACUUUACAAUGUUGACUGUGUCCAAAGGAUUCUUGAGCACUUCCUAGCAAUGGAGCAGGUCAAUCAUGGGGGCGCCUCACCAUGUUCUAUUGAUGAUGAACAGCUGAUAGGGUCGCCCUCUAUGCCACCAAUUACCAUGGUCGCAAAGCUGAUAGAUGGAUACCUUGCAGAAGUAGCUCCUGAUGUCAAUUUGAAGCUUCCUAAGUUUCAAUCCCUUGCCGGUGCAGUUCCUGAUUACGCUAGACCUUUGGAUGAUGGCCUUUAUCGUGCUAUAGAUAUAUAUCUGAAGUCACACCCAUGGUUAGGAGAAUCCGACCGAGAACAACUAUGUCGACUGAUGGACUGCCAGAAGCUUUCUUUAGAAGCCUGUACACAUGCUGCACAGAAUGAAAGACUACCCCUUAGAAUCAUUGUUCAAGUGCUCUUUUUUGAGCAGCUUCAGCUUAGAACCUCAAUUGCUGGCUGUUUUCUGGUUUCAGACAAUCUUGAUGGAUCCAGACAGUUGAGAAGUGGGAUUGUUGGAUCUAAUGAAGGAGGUUGGGGAACAGCUGUUAGAGAGAAUCAAGUUUUGAAGGUUGGGAUGGAUAGCAUGAGGAUGAGAGUGUCCGAGCUUGAGAAGGAAUGCUCAAACAUGCGACAGGAGAUCGAGAAACUAGGCCGACCAAAGGGUUCAAGUGCAUGGGGAAAUGUAUCGAAGAAAUUUGGAUUCAAGCUGAAGUCUCAAAUGUGCAGUGCUCAAGAGGGUUCAGUCAGUAACCAAUAUAAUGGGAAUAAGAAAACAGAGAAGUUGAAGAACAGCCAAGGAAAGAACAAGAAGAGAAGUCCUGCAAUUUCAAAUGAGUAGAAAAAGUCUUUUAUUUGUUCCCCAAUGUCUUUAUUGCUAGUGGUGUUGCUGCUUGUUGUUCCAAAAGAAGAAUACAAAAGACACAAGAGACAACCAUUGCUUGCCCAUUUCUUACAUUUGUUGCAAAGCACCAUGAAAAAUGUCUUAAUCCAAAAAUAAUUGUUGUCUUGAAAUUGAAUAAAGCAGAGUCCAGACA